AUGUCAUAAAUUGAUCCUGGUUAUUUUGAGAAACAAAAAGAGGGCUUGAAUAAUUUCUUACAAAAUAACAAAAAUAAUCAUGAAUUAUUUUCAGAACGGAAUAUAUACGACAUGCGUGAUAAAUUAGUGAGGAUUUAAGAAGAAUGUAAUACAGAACGAAGUCGAGAUCCAAAUCAUGUAUGAAUAUUGAUAAUAGAAAAUAUAUAGUAAAAUUUACAGAAUCAUCAAAAGUGGUUUAUUGAGAAUAGUUUAAACUUCUUGGUUUAUGUAUUAAUACAUGUAGAACCUUAAACAUGUCGAAAUGUGAAAUUCAAUAUUAGAGCAAGCACAAUUGAAUUACUAUAGAAAAAGAUUCUAUUGUAACAUAUGACAUAAUAAGUGGUUGAUUAAUUAACAAUAGUAUUAGAGAAAGACAAUGAGAACAAUGCAGCUACAGCAAUUAGAAUAAUGAAUGAUUUACUAAAGAAUAAUUAAUAGUAACCUCAUUAGUUUUAAAGAUCAAAUAGUAUUUUUACAGAUGCAUUACUCUUAAAAUUAUACAACUUAUUUGAAUAAAGAAUAGAAUUCUUAGUUAAAUUUAAUAAUGAAUUAAAGAAAUCUUAAUAUAAGAAAUUAUUGGGAGAUAAUUAAAUAAAUCCAUUUAAUGAUCAAUCUUAUGUAUUAUAAUAUGAAAAUGAUGAUAAAAGAGAUAAAGAAAUUAGAUUAAAUAUCCAUAGUUUAUCGUUUGUGACCAAUAUUCCACCAUUUUUCAUUUACACUAUUUUUUUGCUUGAUUCCAUAGUCAAAGAAGAGGUAAAAAAGACAAUAAAAGUUAGACCAAAACAUAAAUGAGGGAAGUUUUAAAGAGAGCACUUAAAACCAUGAAUUAAGUUAUCAAUGAAACCAAUUUCUAAGAUUUGUUACAAAAAGUACCUAGAAAUAUAGUCCAAGAACUCUAUAAUGCUUAUUCCAAGUUUUUACAAUUGUUAGCACUUACUAUCAAAAGAGAUGAAAGCCAAGUUUAAAAUUAAUCUAAAAUUAUUAAAGAUUUAUCCGAUACUAUUAAAUUAGAUUAAGUUGUGGCGACUAUUAUUAAAACACUUAAAUAUUGUCCUAUUGAUAUUAUAAAUAUCAGAAUUGAUAUUAGUAAUCGACUUAAAUAAGCUAUGACUUAAAAAAGAGAUCCUAUAUUAACUAAUGAAAUGCAAGAUAAAAUCAAUGAAAUUAAUGCUAAUGUUAUUGAAUUAAUUGAUGAAGAAACUAUUGUUGGUAAAAAUCUUAAAAUGCCUCCUUUCUAAAAAACAAGUCUUUAUCAAAAUUGGUUAGAUAUUGUUAAACAUGUUGUAUUAAAUUAUUUACCAAAAUAUGAUCAAACUUCUUAAUAAAUUAUUAAUCUUACUAAUCUUGACAAGAUGUAAGUAGAUUUUAUUAAUAAUCAAACAUAUAUAGAAAAAAUAUUUAAUACCAUUUUUAAAGUCUUAUUUGAUUCAUCAUUAUAAUUACCUAUUCAUGAAAAAGCCUUGGAAUUAAUUAAAAUUUUCUUAGAUUAGUUUAGUAAGUAACCAUCAUAUUUUAUUGAUAAAAAUUUACUUCAAUUUUAUAUUGAUUAACCUUCAUAAUAAUAAAAUGAAUCCAUUUUAAAAGAAGUUACUACACAUAGUCCAAAAUAUAAAUUACUUGAUAGAUUAUUCUCUGUGAUAGGAAUGAAAUUAAAAUAAAUAAGAAAAUAAAUUCAAUAAAUUAAAGAGAUGCUUAUUCGAACUUAACGAUGGGGUCAUUCAAAAAAAACUACUCCAUAAACUAAUAUUGCUUCUAUUCCUUGUAAUACUCAAGCUCUUAAUGAAAACUACAUCUCUAAAUUAGAGCAAUAUAUUCUAGAGUCAGAUAUUGAUAUAGAAUAAAAUAUAAUCACCUAAUAAGAUCAAACUGCUACCUAAGUUUACAUCUAUGAUGAUGAAGAAGAAUAUUAAGUUAAUUCUAUAAGUAUCAGUACUUAUUCUUAAUAUGUUGAAUUUGCUAAAGAUCUAAAAUCCAAGAUCUUUGAUUAACUUAAUGAAAUUUUAUAAAAGUUAUUAUUAUUCGUUACUAAUACUUAUAAAGAAAUAGUCAAUAAAUAAAAAAGUAGAACUAAUUAUAAUAUACCUUAAAGAGCUACUCCAUUAAUUUAAGCAACUAAUGAAAAUAAACCAUAUUUAAACAAUUUAUAAUGUCAUUAUAUGUCAAAAAUCAUGAAAAAUGGACUUAUGAUAUUUGAUGAAUUACAUGAUCAUUAAAGAAAUCACUUUGAAAUUCUUGAUUAUAAGAAAAAGACUAUUUUUUAGUUUAUGCAAUUCUUUAUUUAAUUUUAAGAUCCAAUCAAUUUUAAAAAUAUUUUUGAACCAAAUUCAAAAUUGUUAUUAAAGAUAUCUGUUAAUCUAAUUAAGACUUGUCCUGAAUCACAUUGUUUACCUUAAUUAUUAUAGGAUCCUUUGUAAAUUCUCAAUCCAUAAACAGAUUCUUAAAAUCCACAUAAACAAUCAAUUAAAUUUUAUAUAGAGUUUUUAUUAAAUUUAUACUUAAAAGAAUUAUAAACAACACCAGAAUUACCAUCCAAAUUUGGUUAUUGUAGAGGAGGAAAAUGGAUAAAAAAUUAAAUUUAAUAAAAAGAUUAAGAUGAAUACAUAUCUUUAAUAUAAAAACUAUUAAGAAUACCAAUAAGAUUAUUCCCAAGAGUAAAAUGUUAAUAAAAUGAUGAACCAAUUGUGAAACCAUUUGUAAAAUAAUUAAUACUAUUUUUUAUAAAGAAAUCUCAUGAAACCUAUUAUCCAAUUGAUUUUUUAGGUUUAUUAUUAUCAUUAGUAAAGAGAAUCUAAUAUAAUGAUUAAGGAGAGGGUUUAUCAAAAUAUUUUUAAUAAUUAUGUGAGAAAUAUGAUAGAAAUGAUAAGUAAUAGAUGAUAAAUAGAUAAUAAUAUGAAUUCUAUCAUAGAUUAAAUUUAAGUGGAGUGAAUAUUGUAUUAAAUAUGUUUGAAUUAUUUCAAACUGGAAUUGUUGAAAUUUAAGAUAUAGUUGCAGAAAUAAUAGCUAAUCUGCCAUUAUCAAAAACAAUAUAAAUAAAUUUAGCAAAAUAGUAUCCAGUAUUUGCAUAAUGUUUAUUUAGAGCAUUACAUAAUAUAUCAACAGUUGAUAAUUAAGUUAUUUAAAAAACAUUAAUGAUUUUAGAAAAUAUUGUAACAAAUUUGAGCAUGGAAGAAAUGAAAGAAUUUUUUGGAGAUCUUCUAUAACCAUUUAUAGAAAAAUUACUAACUUUUCCUUCUGAAUAUAAAAUGGCUGAUAUUUAUUCAAAAUAAGUGAAUUUAUUUUUAGAUCCAUCUUUCAAAUCAUUGAAAAUACUAUCAAAAUUAGGAUCUUUAGUUAGAAAAUCAGAAUGGCCAAUCGAAGUCAAAAGGAAUCACGCAGAUAAUCCUUUUAAAAGAAAUCAAUAUUUGGAAAUUUAAAUAGAAGGAUUAUAAUCAUCACUUAAAAUUAAUCUUACUGAAACUGUACGAUGUGCAGUAGACAUUCUAUAAAAAGUUUUAGAAUAAUAAUUAGCAACCUAUUUAUUCAAACAAUCUUCAAUAUAACAUAGUUAUUCUAUAGUAAAAUAAGUACUUUUAGGAUACUAUUAGAUGCCUAUAUAAUUUGAUCAUGAUUUGUAUAAUUAUUAAAUACCUUAAGGGAUGGCAUUAGAAAUGUAUUUGAAAUCUCGAUAAUGUGAAUAAGACUAAUUGAUUUACUAAGAUGAAGAAUUGAUAUCUGCAGUUACUAAAGUCUUUAUAGGUCUAAGCAAUUUUCAUAAUAUAAUAUAAACUAUGACUGCUGCGACAUUCCAUAAAAUCAAAGAAGAUGUUGAAAAUGUAGUAACAACAUUGUCUGAAAUGUUUUUCAUUUAAUUAGCCGAUGAUCAUUGUAAUAUGAUUUCUAAAAUAAAUACCACAAAACCAGAUAUUAAUUCACUAUAUGCUAUGACAGAAUAAAUAGUUUAAAAUUAUUUAAUAGAAAAACCUUAAUCAAUUAAAUGGAUUUCUUAUCUUUUCAGAGGAUUAAACAAAAGAUAUAUGUUGACUGCAGAAGAAAAUAUGAAUUUUAAAGAUUUUUAUGUACAAUAACAUGAAUUUAUUUGGAAUAAACUUUUAAUGGGUAAUUGUCUAUAAAAAUACAAAAAAAUUACUGAAAAACAUAUGUAAAAUCAUCAAAAUUAAAAAUGGCCAUAUGAUGUUUAUUACUACGUUAUUAUUAAAUUAUUCGAAGAAUUUGUAUAUGAAAAAUUUGGAAAAUAAACUUAAUUGUAAAAGGAAGAUGAUCGUCGUCGUAAAAUAAUGAUUGUUUAAUGUAAAAAUUUAUAAAAUAAUAAUUUUAGCUUAUGGAGGUACAAUGAUUCCUUCUGAAGGAUUGAAUUGUAGAUCGAUUUCAAUUGAACUUUUAACAGAAAUUUAAAAUUUAUUACCAAAAUUUGAAGAUUACUAUACAUCUACUUAGAUUAUUGGAUUACCAUAUAUUCCAGAUUAAAGAAUUAUUGAAUGUUCAUUUAUUCUUUUAAAAUAAUUACCUGAAACAAUUAGAGUGAUUUCUUAAGAACUUUCUAAAAAGUUAUUGAAUUAAACAUUAAAUUAAUUGAUUAAGAAUUUAAACUAUUUGGAUAAUUCUAAAUUUGAAAACUCUCAUUAAAGUAUGCAUCUAUUAUAGGAAAAGUUACGUUGUUUAAUAAAAAUCGUAACUUAGAAUUUUUUUACUUACAAAAAAUCUUUGUUAUAGAUAUGUAUUGAUCUAUUUGACACAGUAAUCACAGAUUAUUUUAAAGAGAAUGCUGGUUAAUUAUUUUACAUGAAUUUAGGAGAUGAAAUGAUAUAGAAUCAUGAAGAUAAAAUUGAAGCAAUUCCAUUAGAUAAUUUAAAUGGAAAUGGACCAACUUUUUGGGUUAAUAUAGAAUUUUCUGAAAUCUUUGUGUCUCCAUAUUCUCAAAAUACUGUACUUAAAGAGUUAGUUAUUAUUAUUAAUAAAUUAUGUGAAGAAUAAAAGAUGUCAGAUAUUAUUGCUUAGAAUUAUGCUAAUGGUUAUAGAAUUUUUGCUUAUUUACUUAGAAAGUAUGGAUUAUAUAAAUAAAAUUAAUAUCAUCUGUUUAAAAUGGUGACUCUUAAUCAAGAACCUCAUUUAGAAUCAAGUAUAGAAGAAUAUAUAAAAAGAUCAUAUAAAAUCAUAUAAUAAAAUGAGGAUCAAUAUUCUAGACAUUCUAAAUUAAUAUUAAAUGGAGAUGAAUCCUAAUUAACAUAAAUCAAUGUAUCACAUGCAUUAGAUGAUUUAGAUUUUAAGAUCAAUAUUGAAGACAUUGAUUUUGAAAUCAAAUGGUAGAGUUAUAUGAUUGUUGCUGUUUUUGGAUUUCUGAAGUAACUGGCAACUGUCAAUUACAUUUUUACUAUUUAAAGAUAUUUACAAAAAUCGAUAGAUAAAAACAUUCUAAUGAAACCUUCUAUUUUAUCAAUGAAAUAUAAGACUGUUGAAAUCUUAUAUGAAGGAUUGUUGAGAGUUGAAUAAAGUAUUAGACAAUCAAGUUAUAAAUAUUUAUAAGAACUUCUUUAAUAAGAAGGUCUGUAAAAUGAUAAGACUUAUUUUGAAAAUGAAGAUAGAUUAAAAAAAGUAAUGAAACCUUUAUUAACCUGUGUAUAAUCAGAAAUAUUUCAUUAUGUACCAUCAUUCUUAAAAUCAUUGAAAUUGAUAUUAAAAAUAUUCAGCAAAGUAUUUCAUAGAACCUUGUCUGAUAAACUAUAAGCUCAUCUUUAAAAGAUAGUAUUAGAUAAUUUUUAAUAACUUCAAAAUACUAAUUAGAUGUGUACAACUUUGGAAUGGUCAUUCUCAUAAUAAUAGUAAUAAUAAUAAUCAUAAGAAUCAUUGAAUUUUUAGAUGGGUAUCAUCUCUGGAUUAUUAAAGUUAUUUUAACAUUUAACUUCUUAAUUGACAAAUCCAGCAAAUGGGCCUUUGAAUUAUAACAUAGUGUAAAAGAUCAUUUAAGAUACAAACACAUUAAGAAGAAAUUACAUUUUCAAAAUUUCAGAAUAAUAAUUGAAUCAAUCAAUAGAUAAACCUUUAGUUAAAUUUUUAAAUACAUUGGCAGCAAAUCAUUUUGAUGUAUUUUAAUCUCCAUUUUCUGUUGCUUAAAUAGUACAAUUUCAAAAACAUUUAGAAAAUGUGAAUUAAUUAUUGUAAAAUUAAGGAUCUAUAAAAAAUCUAUAAGAAUAACUUACAGAAAGAUUAUAAUAUAUAAAAACAAUUAGAUAAUUAAUAUCAGAACCAACUGCUUAUCCUAUAAGAGAAAAAUUAUGUCGAGAAAAGACUUAAUUAUCUCAAAGAAUGGAACGUUUUAAUAAAAUAAUUGAAGAGUUAAGUAGUUCAUUAGAGAAGGGACUUUUAAAUAAUUAAACAUAACCAACAUCAGAAUAACUAUAAUGUUUUCAUCAAUCUUAUAUACAGAAGGUGAUCAAUGUGAUAAGUGAGAUUAAAAUAGAAAUAGUACAAUUUGGUUACUAAUUAUGUAAACGUAAUCCUUCCUGUCUGAAAAGAAAUACCUAAAUACUUGAUAAUUGCAUACUCAACAAUAUUAAAGAUUAUAUCGAACGAUAAAAGAUCAAUAAUCAAAAUAGAAGUAUGUUUAAUAAUCCAUUACAAUUUGCUUAUAAUCAAUUAACACUAUCUAAUUAACAAAUCAAUAGUCUACUAAAUAGAUAUUGUAGUAUGUUAAAGUAAUACAUAACUCAAAAUUAAGAUAGCAAAUCUGCUAUAUAAGGAAUGCUGAAGUUGAUACUUUACUCUAGUUAAGAUAAAGUUAAGAGAUGGGUAAUUGAUGUAGCUAAGAAUUAAUCUAUUUAACUUAGAUAGAGAAUCAUUGAAAUUUGGAUGGAUAAUUUUAAAUAUGUUGAAGAUGAAUCAACUAAUUAAGUUUAAAUGACAAUUGGAUAUUAUGUAAUAUAUCCAAUACUAUAUUAUUCUAAUCAAAGAAAGGAUUUAGCACAAAUUAGCUAACUCUAAUUGUUCUAAAAAAUUAAAGAAAUCAAUGAUGAUUUAGUUAGAUAGUAUAGUAAAAUUCUAAGUGAUAUUGAACAUAAUGCCCCUAUGAAUUUCACAUAUAAACUUAUAAAUGGUUUAACCUCUAAACUUUCAGAUGUGAAUCAUUAUUAUAAAUCAACUAUCAUUGAUAUGUUGUAAAUUAGUUCAUAUCUGAUUUGUUUCUAAGAAUAAUUACUACCAUAAGACUUGAAAAUGUUUUAUCUAUCUUUUGGUUAUGAUAUGAUCAAUAAAUCAGAUAAAUUAGUGGCCUUUUAUGCAAAUCUAUACUUUAGUAAAUAUUUGAAGAAAAAUUAAUUAAUUCAAAAUGAUCCCUAAUCUGUUAAUAAGAGAAUAGUUAAAAUAUAUACAAGAGCUAUUAAAUAGUUAGAUGAAAGUGGAUAGUCAGAGUAAGAAUUAUAUAGUUUAUGUAAGAAAAUAAUAAGUGUUGUAUUACCAUCAUUAGAUGAAGUGGAUAUACAUGAUUAAAGAGAUUGGAUUCAAGCAACUUCAUAAUUGUUGAAAUAAGAAUAAAGUUUAGAUUAAGAAUCAGCUCAAAAGGUCAGUAGAUUUUGGUCAAUGUUUGUUAAGAAUCAUAAAAUAUUCUAAAAACAUCAUGAAGCAUUUACAAUACAUAUUAUAAAUUCUAUGUAAUAAAUUGGAUUCUAUAAUUAAAAUUAGAAUACUGCAGCAUUAUUGACUCCAAACUAUUAGAAUUAUAGACGCAUAGCUCUAGACAUGGCUUUUUUGUAAGUUGAAUGGAAGACUAAAUUAAUUAAAGCUGAAAUUGUACAGAAAUCUUAGAAAUUCAAAGAAUCAUUUUAUUAGAGUGAACCUUAACAUCAUGAUGAAGCUUUAUCUAGUGAAAUCUAUCAAUCAUUUUUUAUUAAAUAAUCUUUAAAAGCAUAUAGUAUAGAGGAUUCAGAACUCUCAAAAAGAGCAUUAUAUUUACUUAAGAAAAUAUUAAUUAUAGCUCCACUUACUAAUCAAAAGAUGAAUAUGGAGACUUUAAAAAAGAAUGUAGUAAAUCAUUUGAAUUAAAUAAUAGAAAUAACAUAAGCUAAUUAAAAUUAAAGAGUAAUUCAAUAAUAGCCAACAGCAAUGUCUUAUUUUAGAUAUUUUAUGAUUGUUCUACAUAUAUUAAUGAUUAUAGCAGAGUUUCAAUAACCAUAGAAAAUACCUUAACUAUUUUAACCAUAUUUAGAUAUAAUUUUCAAUUUGAAUUAAUUACAAGAUCAACUAUAAUAAUAGAUUGCUCCUAGACAAAAUGCUGCUAGAAUGCCACCUGCUUAGAUUAGACCAAUUAAUUAAUAAUAGAGAAUACCCUGUUAAUAAAUUCCAAAUGAUAGAAAAUAGUAACACUUGAAUACAUUAACUUAAGAUUAUGCUCCAUUAGUAUUUAGUAUUUAUAGUAUAUUUCAAAAACUUUUAAAAGUUGCUAAAGAGUAAUAGAACGAAUAAAGUGAAUCAUUUUAAAAUACUUUAUCUAUUUGGGUUAAAGAGAAUAUCUAAGCACAUCCUUAAUUUAAAAAGAAUAAUUAACCAACUACUACAUAAUAUAUGGGAUCAAGAAUAAAUAACUAAAUAGUUAAGGUUAAUAUAUUGUCGAUCUUUUUGAUGAAAUUAUUCUUUAAUCAUGAUAUUUAUUAUGCUAAACCAUUAUUACCAGCCUUAAAGAGAAUUGCAGAAAUGUUGAUUGAUUAUUUAAAAUCCAAAGAUAAGGGAGAUUAAUAUCUUGAAAAUCUAUAAAAAUAUGUUAUUCCUAAAAGAUAAUUUAAUCUUAGAGAAAGUAAUAAUUAAGAUGGAAAUACCUAUAAAUAAUAUACUAAUGCUGAUCUUACAUAAUAUAUUGCAGAUUUUAAUAAAAUGAGUGAUGAUUUUCCAUUUGGAAUAAAAAAGAGCGAUGAAAUGCUUUAUUUUCCAGAAGAUUUUCCAGAUAAUUAAAAAAUAAAGUUUCAUUUGCAUAGAUCAGCUUUACAAAAGACAAUAAAAAUGAUAGCUUAUAACUUUGAUGAAAUAAAAGAUUAAGGAGAAUAAUUAGAAUUUUUAUAAGUAUUAAUAUUCAUAAUUGAAUCAGUUGCUGAUUAUGAAAUUAAAUUAGAAUGUAUUUCAAUAAUGCGUUUAUUAUUUAUAAAUGGUAUAAGUAAUAAAGAAGGUUAUUUAAUUGCAAUAUCAAAUUAUUUGUCACCUAUUAGAUCUCAAUAAGUCAGAUCAGAAUUAUAAAUGAUGGAAGAGAAUUAACUAUUUAAAUCAUCUAAAAUGUCAUAUGAAGUUUAAUUGAAUUUCUUCUUUGAUUUAAAUAGGCUCCAAAAUUUAUUUGACAAAAAAAUUGAUUAACGUAGUUCAGAUAGUUAUGAUAAUAAUCAUGGUAAAGUACAAGAUUUAAAAGUACUCAAAUUGUAUUUUAUGUUCUUAUGUGAAUUAUUGUUAGUUUAUCCAUUCAAAAAAUAACAAGGAUCAAUAAAUAGUGGAUUUUAUGUAUUAAAAAGUAUCUUUGAUAAAAGGAAUAGUUCAUUAAAAGAAUUCAGACGUAUACUUUAAGUGAUUAGUAAGCUAAGCACUUGUUUAGAUUAUUAAUAAUUCUUCUAUAAAAUGAUAUUAGACAUCUAUGGUUACACAUACGAUAGAUUUUUAUAAUUCUUACUAGGAGAUUAGACAAUUAAACAAUAAGAUCAACCUUUACAAACUGAGGGAGAAGAGAUUAUGUUAAUGGCUAUAAAAUAUUUAAUAUUAGGAAGAGGCUCUUUCAAAUAGCCUACAUAAUUUUAACUUUAAUAACCAAAUAAAAUUACUGUUUAACUUGUACCUGAAAGUGAAGAUUCAAAUAUGAGAGAGUAAGUACUAAACAAAUAUUUGUCUAUAUAUUAUAGAAAGAAAUAAUGGUUAAAAUUAUAUAAUUCAUGUAUAAAAUUAGUGACAAGUGAGUAUUUACCAUCAAUUGUUAUUUACAAUCUUUCUUUUAUUCCAAUAUAAGAUUAAGCUUAAUAACCUCUUAGAGAAUGUAUAAUACCUAGUGCUGCAAUAGAAUUGAUGGGUACAGCAGCCAAUGUUAGUAGUAGAUUACUACGACCAAUAUUCAAUCAAAUAAUCACGAAUGAUGUCAAAACAAUCACUCAACUUACAGAAUACCUUCAACAAUAAUCUCUAUCAUAUGGAACCUUGACUACUAUAUCAAAUUACUUAGUUCAAGAUAUUCUAAACUAGAUUAAGAACAUUCAUUAAGUUUUAGAUAACCAAUAGAUGUAACUUAAUUUCAAUAAUCUGAUUACUUGUCUAAGAUAAAAGAAUUAAUUACCAUUAGCAUAGUUUUUAUUAGAAUAGAUAUUUCAAUAUCUAAGUGCGGAUUCUGAAUACUAUUCUCUUUUAUAUGAAGACAUAAUUGUUUAAUUAUAAGGUGUAUAUUCAGACUUAUGGAAUAAAUAAGGUUUAUUAGGAUGUAAAUCUCUCACUGCCACUUAACCUUGGGUUAAAUAAUUAAUCUUAAUCAAUUAAUUAAGAGAACCAGCUUAAUCAUAUUAAUUAAUACUCAAUAAUUAAGAAUAUGUAGAUCAAUUCUGGUACUUAUUGGAAUAAGAUACUCAUGAAGCUUACGGAAUUUAAAAAGAAUAUGAUUCAUAAAUUAUUCAUCACUUAUUCACUGAAUCCUUAUAAUAACUCAAUCAAUGGAAUACUUUGAAAUAAGUUGAUUUAAGUAAAGUUUAGUCAGUCUAAAAUAAAAUUAUUAUUGGAUUUAGGGAAAGACAAAGAGAAUCAACAGAUUAAGGAUGGAAAGAAUUGAAUAUCCUAUCAGAAAUUAAAUAAAAUGUACAUCAAAAUGAUAUUUAUUGUUAUAAUCAGGCUUACUUUAAAUUGCUUGAUUUUGUAACCGAAGAAUCUUAAUAAAACUAACAUGUUCGAAAUAAUAAUCAUGUAUUGUAAUCAAUUGAAUAAAAUCUUAAAUAUGCUUAGAUCAUCAAUUGCUAUAAUUUUAUAAAAACCUUACCUAAAUUAAGUUAAUCUUAUGAUUAAAUGAUGUCAUCACCUUAAUUAUGGGGAUUUAAAUUCCUAAAUUUUGUAUCUCAAUUCCAACUUUAUACUGAAUUGGAAGAAAGUCUAAAAUAAUAUACAAACAGUACUCCUUCUUAUCCAAAUUAACAACAAACUGCUUAUGAAAAUCUUCUAGAUUAAAUAUUUAAUGGUUAUUAAUCCAGUUUAUUUUGUAAGAAAUAUCUUUUUGAAAGAUAACCUACUAAUACUGAUUAACAAGAAUUCAUAUUUGAUAUUAUUAGUUAAAGAAUGAUACAAUUAUAAAUGUGUCUCCAACGUUUCAAUACCUAAUUAAGUUAAUUUAUAAAUGGAUAACAAUAAUUAACCACCAAUAAUACUUUGGAUUUAAAAAGCUUUCAACUUUCUAUGUUAGAUUAUAAAACUCUUUUAUUUCCUAUCAGAUAUUAUUAAUAGAAUGGAAUUUCUGAAUUGUUUGAUGAAUAAACUAUAUUAAAAGAAGUACCAAAACCAUUAUAAGUAUUUGCUGCAAAAUUAUAUCAAUUAGAAAGAAUCAAAUUCAAAACAAUGAAAAUUUAGGAUAUAGACUAAAAUAAUCAAUAAUUGACAGAUAUUUUAAAUUAUUUAAACAUUUAAUAAUUUAGUACUUACAGUUCAGAAGAACUUAAAUCUUAUAUGAUUAGUAAAAUAAGAAGAUUAAAAAUGAUUAAUCAAUGUUAUAAAUUCCUCAGAUUGGAUCAAUAACAGUUUGAAUAAUCCAAUAACAUUAAUAAUUAUAUGCAAACUGAAGAACCAAAAUUAGAAUAGAUGGUAAGCCAAACUAAUUAAUAUUUUAUCCAAAACUAAAUUAAUUAUUAGAAAUUCUGGAAAGAAGCCUAAAAAGUUUAUCAAUUAGCUCAUAAAAAAUACAGUAAUAACAUAAAGUUUGCCCAAAAUUAUAUAUAGGUUACUUCUAUUAGUAUUCAAUAUAAACCAUAGAAAUUUCCCAUAAAUGGAAUGUAUAUGUUUCAUAUAUUAAAUGUAACCAAUCCCACAGACUCAAUUGUUAUAGAUGCCUUCUCAUAAGUGAUUCCUCUUAUUCCUAUGCAUUUGUUAUAGAGAUUCUUGAUAUAAUUUAUAUCAACAUUUUUAAGAACCCCUUCCGAUUAAGUUAAAAAUGAUUGUUUGGAAGCCAUAAAUAAAUUGUGUAAAUAUAAUCCUUUAAACAAUCUUCAAAUUAUUCAAUAUAUGAAAAGUUUAGGUCUUAUCACUGAUGAUAGAACAUUAUAAUUUGUUGAUCAUUUUUAAAACUCUUCUAAAUUAAGUAAUAAAAUAGCUAACAUCUAUUCAUUGUCAUAUCUUUUUCAUAAUAAAUAUGAUUCAUCAAUUUGGGAUACUUUAGAAGAAUUAAUUUAUUUAUGUGGAAAAGUAUUGGAUUAAAAGUAUUUUGAAUAAAAUUCUGUCAACAUUAAUGAGAUAUGUUUGUAAAUAGUAAAUUUAAUUCAAAAAUAUUAUUAAACGAAGGAAUAUUUGAAAUAAUUUUUACCUGUUAAUGAUCUUCAGAAAUGGAUUUAAAUUGAUUAAUUAAAAGCAAUCACAUCAAUUUAUAUUGCUUCAUUAAAACUAAUUUAUGGUAAAUUAUUUGGUUUGUAAAUUAAUUAAUAAGAAGAAUUUUCUCAAUAAUUAAGCCAUGCAUUAAAUUCUUUAAUUCCAAAAUAAAUUUAAAUAACAUAGUUAUAUGAAUUGAAUGAUGAAUUUUAAAUGAAUUAAAUUCCUAUGUUAGGAUAGGAAGGAUAAUUGAAGAGGAAUUAAUCAUUUGAGAAUGUGUAUAUAAAAAGUAUAUUCCCAACUGUUAAUAUAAUGUUUUAAAGAAGAAAGAGAUUGAUAAGAUAAAUUGCUUUAUUAGGUAAUGAUGAAAAGAAAUACUUUUUCCUUUUGAAAACAAAGAAGGUAGAAACAAAAAGGGUUAUUCAAAAUAUAUUGGAUGAGCAUAUAACUUUUUAAUUUUUGAAGAUAACAAAUUUAUUUAAUUAAAAUUACAAAGAAACAAAGAUUAGAAAUAUAAAACAUUUUUAGACAGAGAAAUAUUUAUUAGAAAAUGAGAAAUAGAUAUAUUAAAUAGAGGCUUAUCAGGAGGAAACCUAUAAUUUGAGUAAUAUAUCAGAUUUAAUUGUAUCUUUGAAUUAUUAAAAUAGUAGUAAUAAAGAUAGUAAAGUGAGUGUUCCAUAUUACAUGUAAAUAAAAUAUUUAAUUAUUCAAUAGGGAAAAGAGCGAGAAUUAUAUAUAGAAGCAAGAUCUGAGUAAUUACAUAUAAAAAUUUACAAAGACAAUUGAUACUUUUGUAUAUUUGAGGAAGGUGAUUGUAACAAAUAUUGGAGUAUAAUAUGCUCUAAGUUUUACAGUAGGGAACAGUUAAUCCCCUAAACAGUUGGAGAAUUUGUAAUUAAAUUUGAGUAAUGGUAAUUUCUUUUAGAAAAAAUAAAUAUUUAAAGUGAUUGAUUAGAAAUUAAUUCUUUAUGAUCCAUUUGCGAUAAGAUAUUCAAGAAAUAUAGAGUAUUUAAUUGGAGAGGUGAAUUUAAAUGGAUAUUUAAUACCUACAUUUACAGCAACAAUAAUUGGGAUAUUGAAUUAGGAGUAAUAAUAUAAUAAUAAAUAUUAAUAGUUUAGAAGAAUAUUUGAAUGUGUUAUUUUGGUAAUUAGGAUGUAAAGAUUAAGUUGAUUAAUUCAUACAGAAAUUGAAAGAUAUAGUUUAUAGUAAUGGAAUGAUUGAUUCGAAAUGUGAUAGAUUGAUAGCAAUUUCGAAAAGUUUAUUAGGAGGAGAGGAGAAAGUAAAAUAAUGGGUGAAAAGAUGGUUUUGA